CUUUGUACGCAUGCCUCGAAUCCACUUCCUCCAAGUUUUAACAUGGCUGCUCGGGUGUUCAAAAUUGUCGCAAGCCGACCUACAAAGCUCUUGUUGCAGCCUUUCAAGACUGGGACAAGAGUAGUAAGAUGUCAAUCAGCAAAAGCAGCAACAUAUGAAAGUACUAUUGAAAAUUUACCAGAAACCAGAGUUACAACUUUAGAUAAUGGUGUAAGAGUGGCAACAGAGGACUCUGGGAUACCUACUUGUACUGUUGGACUGUGGAUUGAUGCUGGGAGUAGGUUUGAAAAUGCAAAGAACAAUGGAACAGCUCAUUUUCUUGAACACAUGGCAUUCAAGGGAACACAGAAAAGAUCACAGACAGAUUUAGAGCUUGAAGUAGAAAAUAUGGGUGCACAUUUAAAUGCCUAUACCUCAAGGGAACAGACUGUGUAUUAUGCUAAAUCAUUUUCAAAAGAUGUAAAUAAAGCUGUUGAUAUAUUGUCUGAUAUCCUACAAAACAGUACAUUAGGAGAACAGGAGAUAGAAAGAGAACGUGGAGUUAUUCUUAGAGAAAUGCAGGAAGUAGAAACCAAUCUCCAAGAAGUUGUGUUUGAUCAUCUCCAUGCUGUAGCCUAUCAAGGUACACCAUUAGGAAGAACUAUUCUAGGACCAACAGAAAAUAUCAUGACCAUCAACAGAAACGACUUACUAGAGUACAUUGGAAAUCAUUACAAAGGUCCAAGAAUAGUUCUGGCUGGAGCUGGAGGUGUUGACCAUGACGAGUUGGUUAAAACUGCCCAGCAGUAUUUUGGUAAUCUAGGUGCUGGUUAUGAAGGAAAAAUCCCUACCACAGAAACCUGUCGAUUCACAGGAAGUGAAGUCCGUGUCAGAGAUGAUACCAUGCCUUUAGCUCAUGUAGCAAUAGCUGUUGAAGGAUGUGGUUGGACUAAUCCAGAUAACAUUGCAUUGAUGGUUGCUAAUACUUUAAUUGGUAGCUGGGAUAGAUCCUUUGGAGCUGGAGCCAAUAUGGCUAGCCAGCUGGCAUCACAAAGUGCAUCCAUGAACCUUUGUCAUAGUUUCCAAUCCUUCAAUACAUGCUACACAGAUACAGGACUAUGGGGAAUGUACUUUGUUUGUGCCAGAGAACAAGUAGAGGGUAUGAUGACUGCUGUCCAGAGAGAAUGGAUGAGAUUGUGUAGAAGGAAAAUUAGCCCAGUAGAAUUAGAAAGAGCAAAAAGAUUAUUGAAAACUAAUAUGUUAUUACAAUUAGAUGGUUCUACACCAGCUUGUGAAGAUAUUGGAAGACAAAUGUUAUGUUAUGGCAGAAGAAUACCAUUUAGUGAAAUAGAAGCUAGAAUUGAUGCUGUUGAUACUAGAGUAUUGAAGAGUGUGUGUACCAAAUAUUUAUAUGACAAGUGUCCAGCAGUAGCUGCAGUAGGUCCAGUGGAAGCAUUACCUAUCUACUCCCGAUUACGAUCUGAAAUGUAUUCACUACAAGUAUAAUUUAUGACAUUGAAGUGCUUUGGAAUUCUUGAGCAGCCAUUAAAGUAGUUUGUGGAGACAAGAACUAUUUAUUUUAAAUCUGACAUGGAGAACUCAUAUGUGAUGUGAAAUUGUUAUAAAGUCAUUUAAAUGUU